AUGAAGGUGGCCGCUGUCCUCCUCGCACUUUGGUGCUGUUGCAGUGCUCAAAGCGUUAAAUACAUAUCUCCACACCGAGGCAGCAUGAAUGGAGCAACACGAAUCAUGCUUUCAGGAAAUGAUUUUGCCCUGGAGAGGCCUAAGCUGAAUCCAAACGACAACACAACUGGAAACCUUGUGUUCCUGGUGUCAGAUAAGCUGACAGUCCCCUGUGAUGUGGAGAGAGACUCUACACAUGGAAACCAGAUCACCUGUUACACCAGACCCAUGCCGAAAGACCACUAUGUAGUCCAUGUCAGUGUGGAUGGUGUUCCCAUUCCUGACAGCAGUUUGUGCAGAGGCGUGUACAAAAACCACCAUUGCAGCUUCUAUACUGUGUGGUAUAGCACGCCUACGAUCACUUCUCUGAGUCCAGUCACUGGUCCUCCAGGCUCUUUGGUGACAGCGGAAGGACGUAUCUUUACUGAUGUGUAUGGCAGCAACACAGACAAGAGCUCCAAUGGCCUCAACGUCAGAUUUCUGAGAGCCUACAUGGGAGGGAUGCCAUGUGAGCUGCUUAAACCAGAGUCAGAUGAACUAUAUAACCUACAACUGAAUUCUGAAACCUCUUAUUGGGGAAACAUGACCUGCAAAAUGACGGGGACGUAUGUUGGGCAUCACAACUUGAGUUACAUUCUUGAUGAUCGUUUUGGAAGGAGUUUACCAGACAAGAAACUGUACAGGGUUUCAGCUUCGGGCAAGCUCUCCAUGUUUCAGACCUAUGCAGAGGUGACAGGAGUUUCCCCAUCCAUGGGCAGUGUCAUUGGUGGUACCCUGCUGACCAUCCACGGCCGCUUCUUCGACCAAACCGAUCGCCCGGCACAGGUUGUCGUUGGAGGCCAGCCUUGUGAAAUACAGAGUGUGUCGGAUGACAGAAUCACGUGCAGAACCGCCAAACACGAGAUGAACAACAGCAACAUGACAAUCUGGCCGGGUGGCAGAGGCUUGAAGAUGGAGGUGUGGAGCGUGUCAAAACCCAGAGACCUGUCUGACAUUUGGACCUACAAUACGAACACAAGUGGAUACUUGGCACAGUGGGUCGACUCCAUGCCCCAGACUUUUCCCUCUGGAGGUACUUAUUUCACCUCACGAUUCAGGGGCUUCUUCUGCCCUCCAGCCAGCGCCAACUACACAAUAUACAUCAACUGUGAUGACAGAUGUGCGCUCUACUUCAGCAACUCCAGCCGCCCAGAAGACAAGGUUAAAAUUGCAUACCAGACACGUUAUGCCUCAGAUUUCACGAAAUUUGAAUCACAAAAGUCUAAAGUAAUGGCUCUGGAGAAAGGAAAACACUACUACAUGGACAUGCUGCAUCAGAAUUAUGGUGGUCCAGCUGUUGUCAACAUUGCCUUGUUCCAAGAGGAGAGUCCCUUUACAGAAGACCAAACAGACGAUGCUGUCAAUGAGGUUCAGAAAAUCAAGGCUCAAUAUGACGUCUUCGAUGAGGAACAGGUGGUGACCUUUGAAUCCUGGCCCAGCAAUGGCGCCGCAGCGACAGUCAAAGAGGUCCAGAAGGUUACCGUCACCAGCAGCUGUGCCAGCCACCUUUGUGGUAACACCUUCUUCAGCCUGGGCUACGGAGAUGCAAAUACAGGACCGAUUUCAUUCAGUGCCUCAGCAGAUGUGGUGGAAGCAUCCUUGAACAACCUUUGGUCCAUCAAACCCGACACAGUCCAGGUCACCAAACAGGACGAUAGCUACACAGUCACAUUCGAUUCUGACAGAGGGGAUUUCAAACCUCUUCACUAUGAGGUUUUUGGCUCCGACACCAACAUCACUGUUGCUGAGGUUACAAAAGGGAGAAGCAACAUGGAGACCUUCACUCUGCUCUGGGGGGGCAUCACUACAAAGCCCAUCCCUUUCAAUGCAACUGAGUCUGAGGUGCAGUCGGCUUUGGAGGACAUGAUGAAAGCCGAGUGUCCCGAAGAGAUCCUAACCACUGAAGGGACUGGUGUGAUGUACUUCAAAGACUUUGAAAAUGACAACUCUCAGUUCGAUAGUGCUAAUGAAGGCACUCCGGUGAAGAACUCUGCUUUCUGCGGUCUGUGGUCGCUGAAGAACGCAGAGGUUCUUUUCAAGGACAGUUACACCAAAGAGUCUGGUGGCAGAUACGGAUCAGUUUCAUUGGACAAGCAUCCCACGCUUUGCUUUGCAUACAAGGGAAUGUUGAAAGAUGAAGUUGGAAUGAAGUUCACUUACCGUGACAGCCAAGGAAAAACCCAGACAGAGACCGCAAAGAUCAGCACUGUCUUCACUAAGGGCCACACAUGGUGUUACAAAUGCCUGGACCUGGAGAGUUCCCUGCAGAAUGAUUACAUUGGAAGCAGAUACACUCUGCAGAUGUUUUACCUCUACAAAGACGUCUCGGGUGCAGAUUUCUAUGUCGAUGCCGUUCACAUUGGAAAGAGAGCCACAACAAAUGAGGAAAAUGCUGUUCCCAACAAGAGGAGGCCUCCGCCCUUUGAGAGCUCCGGUAGUUCCUUCGAGAUGAUCGCUGUUACCAAAGACGCAUCAACUGCUUCUCAGAUCAGCUACCAGAUCAAAGCCACACCGGUUGAAUGUGCCUUUGAUUUCCCACUGCUAGGAGUUGGCUUCCAUGAGAUGUCCAACAGCAGCGAGGACAUGGCUGAGUUCAGGGAAGGAGCAGCCACCGUCAGCAUCACUCGCCCUCACAGAGCCACCCCUCCUCUGAACGGCACCUUUGAUGUGGAGAUCUAUGGAGGCCGAGCUGAAGGUCUGUCAGUGGACAUCAGUAAGGAGGACCUGCAGUACGCUUUGCAGGGAAUCGCAGGGAUGGGUCAGGUCAGCGUCACACGGCAGAGAAGCUGCAGACAACCCACGUGGAAGGUUGAGUGGCUCACUAAACCCGGAGACCAGCCUCUGAUGCAGGUUAAUGACUCGUCGGCUGUUGGCAACAAUGUUGUUGUUUCCGCAAGUGAGCAAACAAAGGGAGGAUUGUUUAAGAAAAGCCUGACAGGAGAUCACUUUCGUGUGUGGGAAUCCAAACCACAGGUGGAGGUUUACAUCAACGGCAUUGCCUCAAAGUGUUCUGGUGACUGUGGGUUUGAAUGGUCGGACGACAAGACUCCAGUUGUGACUGGAAUCAGCCCAUCUCAAGGAUCUAAUGGCCUGGGGACUCUUCUGACUGUCACUGGAACUGGCUUCAGUAGUGAAAACGCCUCCAUCUUUGUGGGAGAGACCCGGUGCCAUGUUGAACAGGUCGACGCUACCACUCAGGUGUGCAGGCUGGGCAGCGCCAGUGCCGGUACUUACCCCGUGUUCGUCAGCUUCCCCUCUCUGGGGAAUUCACGCUCCGCAGGAGGCAGCAUCUUCCACUUCACCUACCAGCUCAUCGUUUCCUCUUUCUCCCCCCUCUCUGGAAGUCUGGCAGGAGGCACACUGCUGACAGUGAGAGGUUUCGGCUUCAGCCAGGAAACCAGAGUUACUGUUGGCAGGGACGAGUGCACCGUGGUUCAUGCCAGUGACGCUGAGCUGAAAUGCAGAACGCCAGCAGGGACUGCAGGACCUCAGACCGUCACAGUGAUGAUGGGAAACAUGAGUCAGACAGCCAGCAGCUCCUUCACCUACGAUAACAAUCUAACGUCCCAGAUCUCGGGCCUGAGUCCUCGUCAUACCACUGUGAUCGGACAUGAAGUUCUCACCAUCCAGGGCUCCAACCUGGGAGGCCGAGACAAUGACAGCAUCGUGCUGGUAGGCAGGAAGGAGUGUGUGAGCGUUAAGUGGACGGCGACAGACAUCACCUGUCGUCUCCCCGUGCUGCCGCCUGGCAUGUACGAAGUGGAUGUACAGGUUGGAAACAAUGGCUACUCCCAGACAAGCAACGGUGUGAACGCCACCAUUGAAUACAUCCUGGAAAUCCACAGCAUCUCCCCCCUGCUCGGCUCCUUGAUGGGAGGAACCAGGCUGACUGUUUCUGGAUCUGGUUUCAGCAACAACACCUCUGACAACAAAGUCUCCUUUGGAGGAGCUGAGUGUGAAGUGCAGGCCGCCUCAGAGAAGGAGCUGCAGUGUGUUAUGCAGUCGGAAGAGAAGACUCACAUCGUCACCAAUCAGGGAUCCCACCGAACUUUUGGACAGGGGUAUGCAUGGAGUCCUGCUUCACUCGAUGCGUUUGUUGGUGACAAAGUAGCGUGGCGUUGGGAGGCACCCACCUUACAGAAUGUCGCAUACCGGGUGUUUAGUGUUGCCAGCCCAGGUGACACCACCGAUGGAGAGGGACCGUUCAACAGUGGAGAGAAGUCUUCCACAGGAUCUUUCAGCUACAGCUUCACUGCACCCGGUGUGUAUUACUACAGCAGUGGCUACAUAGAUGAUGCCAACACCAGGCGAUUGCAGGGAGUCGUGAAAGUGGAGGCUCGGGCGAAGAAGAGCGGCAAGGUCUCUGUCAGCGUGGGAGGCAUGGAGGCCAGACACGUGACAGGAGGUUCACGUCGCGUCUCCAGAGCAGCCCCGCAGUGCGAGGCCUCCCCACACUGCCCACAGACCAAUGACACCUCAGACGGCCUUUCCUUCAGCGUCUCCGCCUGCUCCACCCCCACAGUCCACUCCAUCUCCCCCAACCAGGGCUCAUACCACCAGAUCAUCCACAUUCAGGGCAAAGGCUUCGGCGAUACCGCCUGCGCUAAUGAGGUGACAGUGGGAGAUCAGCCCUGUCAGGUGAUCAACAGCUCUCACUCUGAGAUCAACUGCCAGCUCAGCCGCAAAAGUGAACUUCCCAUCGGCAUCGCUCUCCCCGUAGUCGUCAGAGUCAACAACCUCGGCAGCGCCAUCAUGGCCAUACCAAACGAGCUCGACCGCCGCUUUGUGGUUCUGCCUGUGGUGGACUCGGUCUCGCCUCCUAUGGGCAGCCCCACCGGCCACACGCGGCUCCUCAUCCACGGCUCUGGCUUCUCCGGAGGACAGGUGACUGUAGCCAGCGAGCCGUGCUCAGUCGUGACGGUCAAUUACACUUGUAUCAUCUGUGACACCUCUCCGUCUCAGCCUCACACUGGGGAUGUCGUCUUCCACACGGGCAUCAUCCAAAGCUCCUGUCAUUCAAGCUGCUCCUUCAUGUACUCUUCCUCCGUCACUCCCACGGCCUCCAGCAUUUCCCCCGACAGCAUCAGUGAUCUUACCAAUGUCACCAUCUCUGGCUCAGGGUUUGGCAGCCGUGUGGAUGACGUGGCCGUCUUUGCCGGCACCUUAGAGCUGGAAGUCACCGCCGUGACCGAUGGCAACAUCACGCUGAGCGUUACCGCUCUGCCUGCGGGAAACCACCCGGUCAAAGUGAUCGUGAGAAGUAAAGGCCUUGCAUCAGGUUCUGUCACCCUGAGCAGCCGCGCCCAGGCCGUUCUCAACCCCGGCAUGGGCAGCCUGGCAGGAGGAACCUCUCUGGUCUUCACUGGAAACGGCUUCGCUCCGGGGAACACCAGCGUGCUGGUCGGUGGCAUACCCUGCAAGGUUCAGGAGGUGACGCCGGGUCUGCUUCGCUGCCUGACGCCUCCUCGCGGCGAGGGGCUGGUGACCGCCAAUGUCCAGGUCUUUUCCGUGCAGUACCCUCCUCUCAACUUCACCUACUCUGCAGCACACACUCCUGUCAUCAGCUCCAUCAGCCCCACCACCGGGCCGAGCGGUGCAGUCGUCACACUGACAGGUUCAGGAUUUGGCAGGGACUCUCAGCACGUCUCCGUCACCAUAAACCAAGUCCCCUGUGUCGUGUCCACAGUCUCCGACUCACAGGUUCAGUGCACUGCAGGAGACAACCCGGGGGGAGCGUACCCAGUCGUGCUGCAUCACCAGGUCAAAGGUCACGCCCAGUCAAAUGUCAUGUUCACGUAUGAGCUGACUCUGAGCAGCGUGCAGCCCAACGAGGGCAGUCUUGGUGGCGGCGCUCUGCUGUCGGUGCAGGGUUCUGGGUUCGACCCGCACGUCUCCGCUGUGACGAUCUGCGGGCAGGAGUGUGACGUUCACAGAGAAAUGUCUUCAUCGUCCCGUCUGUACUGCCUGUCUCCGUCCAUCAACGGCACUCAGUCUGUGGUGAGCUGCGUGCUUGCUGUCAUUAACCAGCUGGAUGCCGUCAACAUAUCAAAUGGCUACACCUACAAAUCUCAGCUGACUCCGGUGAUCGCUGAGGUUUCUCCGCGCAGAGGAGGCACCGCUGGAGGCACCCGGCUCACUGUCAGCGGCUCCGGUUUCAGCACCAACAUGAAUGAAGUUAACGUGACCAUCGCAGGCUCUGUGUGUGACGUUCAAUCCACCAACAACACACACAUCAUCUGUGUGACCAACUCUCAGCGGCAGUCUCAGGAAGCCAAAGUCCGAGUCAGCAUCAGAGACCGAGGCAUCGCCAAGAUGGAUAAUGCAGAUUUCUUCUACAUUGACGUGUGGUCGUCCAGGUUCACGUGGGGCGGUCUGUCUCCACCUGAGAAGGGCUCGUUUGCCGUCAUCACUAAAGGCCAGACCAUCCUGCUGGACACCAGCACCCCUGUGCUGAAAAUGCUCCUCAUUCAAGGAGGGGCGUUGGUGUUUGACGAGGCGGACAUCGAGCUGCAGGCAGAAAACAUCCUGAUCACAGAUGGCGGACGGCUCGAAAUUGGCCAGGAGGGGGCGCCAUUCCAGCACAAAGCCAUCAUCACACUUCAUGGAAACCUGCGCUCAACAGAACUUCCUGUUUAUGGAACUAAGACGCUGGGUGUCAGAGAGGGAAUACUGGACCUUCAUGGUAUUCCAAUUCCUGUUCCCUGGACCCACCUGGCCCAGACAGCGACCACAGGCUCCGUCACGCUGACUCUGAUGAAGGCGGUGACGUGGAAAGUUGGAGAUGAAAUUGUCAUUGCGUCCACAGGCAACAGGCACAGCCAGAAAGAGAACGAGGUGAGGAUUAUUGACGCCGUGUCAGCUGACGGUAAGACUCUAACCCUGACCGAAGCGCUCCAGUACACUCACCUCGGGGUGACCGUCACGCUGCCCGAUGGUACGGUGUUUGAGGGCCGAGCUGAGGUGGGCCUCCUCACCAGGAACAUCUUGAUACGAGGCUCCCAACACGAAGAAUGGGAGGAUACGAUCGAAGCCUGCCCCGAUGGCUUCAACACAGGUGAAUUCGCCACCCAAACCUGUUUCCAAGGACGGUUCGGGGAGGAGAUCGGCAGCGAUCAGUUUGGAGGCUGCAUCAUGUUCCACGCAGCCACGCCAGGCAAGAAUCUUGCAGUCGGCAGACUGGAAUAUGUUGAGGUGUUCCACGCAGGACAGGCCUUCAGGCUGGGACGUUACCCCAUCCACUGGCAUCUGAUGGGAGACAUCGACUUCAAGUCAUACGUGCGGGGUUGUGCCAUCCAUCAGACCUUCAACAGGGCCGUCACGAUCCAUAACACCCACAAUCUGCUGGUGGAGCACAACGUCAUCUACGACAUCAUGGGUGGGGCCUUCUUCAUCGAGGACGGCAUUGAGACGGGGAACAUCCUGCAGUACAACCUGGCUGUGUUUGUCAAACAAAGCACCAGCCUGCUGAACGAUGACGUCACUCCCGCCGCCUACUGGGUAACUAAUCCCAACAACAUCGUCCGCCACAACGCCGCCGCAGGGGGCACCCAUUUCGGCUUCUGGUACCGCAUGCAUGAGCACCCCGACGGCCCGUCCUACGACGGAAACAUCUGCCAGAAGAGGGUUCCCCUCGGUGAGUUUUACAACAACACCGUGCACUCUCAGGGCUGGUUCGGCAUUUGGAUCUUCGCCGACUACUUCCCCAUGAAGGACGGGGGCUGCCGCUCCUCAACACCGGAGCCGGCCGUGUUCCGCUCCCUCACCACCUGGAACUGUGAGAAAGGUGCCGAGUGGGUCAACGUGGGCACCGUGCAGUUCAGUGACUUCAUCAUGGUCAACAAUGAGAAAGUCGGUAUUGAAGCCAAGCGCAUCCUUCCGUGGGCCGUGAGCAGCUUUGGCGAGAAAGGAGGGGCGACGAUGUCCAACAGCACCAUCGUGGGCUACGUGGACGAGCUGGGACUGGGAAGUGACUACUGCACGCACCGAGGUGUCAUCGCGCCAUUGGACGAUGGCCUGAGUGUCCUGAACACCAAGUUCAUCAACUUCAACCGGAACUCUUGCGCAGCCAUCGGGGUCGCCGCAAUCGAUGGGAAGUGUGUGAAUCGUUGUGGCGGCUGGUCGGUCAGGUUUGCUGGUAUCCAGUACUUCAACUCACCCAAUAAGGCCGGCUUCAGGUGGGAGCACGAGGUGCAGCUGGUGGACACUGACGGCUCCCUCACAGGAACCAUCAACAACAAGGUCGUGCCUUUGAGCCCCUUGCUGGACCCCGCUCACUGUUCCCAGAAUGCCGCUUGGAGCGUGGGUUUCCCCGGCGCUGUGUGCGACCACACCGUCAACUUCCAUCGCUUGUCCUUCAACAACCCGUCACCAGAGUCUCUGAGAGCCAAGGAUGUAAUCUUAACCAACUCACAUGGCUCCAGCGUGGUUCCCUAUAUGAAGAAGAGAAUGACUCAUAAACUUGGCUGGAUGGCCAUGCUGCCCUCUAGAGAAACGUACAACUGGUUCUUUAACGAUAUGGAUCAGAUCACCAACAUCACCUACGAUGCAAAAUACUACGGCUUCAAGAGUGAUGAAUAUUUAAUCAUCAACCACAACUUGACCCAGAGUCCAAACAGAUUCAGCAUCGUCGAUGAGAGGAACGGCUCGUCCACGCCGCUCACCUUCAGCAACAACAGGAACGGAGACUGGUACUUCGACAACAGCUCCAACAACCUCUACUACAUGGUCUCUGGGAAAACGAGCCAGCGGAGGCGUCGUGACAGUGUUGACCGAUCCAUGAUGGACUCUGCGGUGAACUUCAGGGUCUACCGCUGCUUCUACCCCAACUGCAUCGCACCAACACCACCACCCCCCGCCACACUCGCCCCCUUACCCACCCGCCGGCCUGACAACUUCAUUCGGUGGUCUGAUGACGCUUUCUGGACAAGUUCAGCUGAAAAUAACUUCACUGCACCAGCAGAGGGCGCUGAUGUGGUCAUCCCAGCAGGGAAGUGGGUGGUUUUGGACAGCGACACUCCUCCCCUCAACAAGCUGACGGUCAUGGGAGUCCUGGAGAUCCCCGACCACAUGAACAGCUCGUCCUCCAGACAGUCUCGGGCUGCGCCUGAAUACAGCACUGUGGUGGUAGACGCCGUCUACAUCUUCAUCCAGGGCGGCAGGCUGAUUGCAGGAUGGGACGACGAGCCGUUCAGAGGUCAGCUGCACAUCAGACUGAGAGGGAACCACCGCACGCCGGACUGGCCUCUGCCCAACGGGCCCAACCAGGGGUCCAAAGUCCUGGGUGUGUUUGGGACUCUGGAGCUCUACGGACUCCCUCACAAUGUUUACCACACCAAACUGGCUGCCACUGCUGACGCUGGGUCCAACACUCUGAACCUGUCGCAGUCCGUCGACUGGCAGGUUGGAGACGAGGUCGUCAUCUCCACCAGCAGCUACAGCGCGUGGGAUACAGAAAAACAUCACAUCACGGCCGUAUCAGCAGACGGCCGCAUCCUGACCCUGAACCAGCCUUUGAGCCACACUCACAUCGGUGAGACUCACUCUGGCACUUCGUUCUCCUACACUCUGGCGGCUGAUGUCGGUCUCGUGAGCAGAAACAUUAAGAUCAUUGGUCAGGAGUAUGCAGAGAUGAUGGCGGAGUCGUUCGGGGCCAGACUUUUGGUGAGCACCUACUCCUGGGACGGAAUCGACUAUAAAGGCAAAGCUCAGAUCAGAAAUGUGGAGUUCUUCCGCUCUGGUCAGGAGGGCUGGACCGACUACUCCGACCCUCGUUACUCUGUGGCCUUCCUCAACCUGGGAGAGGUUUCAGGAGAAGACUCGUACAUUCAGGGUUGUGCUUUCCACGACGGCUUCUCUCCAGCCAUCGGAGUGUUCGGGACGGAGGGAAUGAACGUUGACGAUAACAUCGUCCACCGCACUGUGGGAGAAGGUAUCAGAAUUUGGGGCGACAAGAUAAAAGUGAGGAGGAACCUGGUGAUGAUGACGCUGUGGCCUGGAUCAUACCAGGACAGAGAGGAGCCCUUCAACUACGCCUGGAACGCUGCCAUCGAGGUCAACGAGGGGACAAAUGUUGUGCUGCAGCAUAACAUCGUGGCAGGUUACGAGAGAGUCGCUUAUCGCAUCGAUGGGGAACCAUGUCCAGGUUAUUUGAAUGAUAAUGAGAAGUGGAUUGACAACGAGGCUCACGGCGGUCUGUUCGGAGUCUAUAUGAACAAAGACGGUUUGCCCGGCUGCAGCCUCAUCCAGGGCUUCUUCGUCUGGAGGAGCUUCGACCACGCCAUUUACUUCCAGGUCAUCAUGAGUGUUAUUAUUGCCAACGUGACCCUGGUGGACAACGGGCUGGGCAUCAUGCCUGUCAUCUACGCCCCUCCUUCUCUCUCUCACGCAUACUCAGAUAAAACUGUACAUGUUCAGAAUGCCUUGGUUGUUGGCAGCAGCCCGAGCUUCAACUGUUCAGCCACUUUGCCCAGCAGUGACUUUAAUAUGGCCAACAGCAAAAACCAUCGAGCCCCGAGACCUCUCACAGGGGGCAGAUCGGGAAUCUGUUGGCCGUCUUUUGCAUCUGGACACAACUCGGCUCCAGAAAAACCACAUCAUGUGAACAUGAACUACAAUGCCAUCAAUGGACUGAUGACAGUCAAGGACACGACAUUCGUUGGUUUCAGAGACGUUUGCUCCGGCGAGACAAAUGUCAUGUUCAUCACCAACCCGAUCAACGAGGACCUGCAGCACCCCGUGCACGUCUCAGACAUAACGAUGGUUGACAGCACAGAGGAGGCCAGAGUCUUCGUCCACAGGGCUGAUGUGAGUAAAGCGAACCCAUCCGACUGUGUGGACAUGGACUGCGAUGCGAAGAAGAAGACCCUGCUGAAGGACUUGGACGGCUCCUUCCUGGGUGCAGUGGGAGCUGUGGUGCCUCAGUCUGAGUAUGAGUGGGGGGGCGAUGCCAGGAGAGGCCUGGGAGACUACCGCAUCCCGAAGGUCAUGCUCACUUUCCCCAACGGCAGCCGCAUCCCUGUGAACCAGAUCGCUCCACACAAAGGCGUGAUCAGGGAAAACUGCACGUAUGUGAGUUCGUGGCAGAGCUACAAGUGUUUCGGGCUGAACUACAGGAUGCUGGUCAUUGAGAGUCUGGACGCUGACACAGAGACCAGACGUCUGUCCCCCGUCGCUGUGCUCGGAGACGGAUUUGUGGAUCUGAUCAACGGUCCUCAGGAUCACGGUUGGUGUUCGGGCUACACCUGCCAGAAGAGAGUGUCUCUGUUCCACAGCAUCGUGGCCACCGGGCACUCCUUCGACGUCUUCUUCUCCAGCGUCAGCCCUCAGAAGCUUCGCCUCAUGAUACUCAACUCUGAUCCAUCUGAGAGCAUCCUGGUGUCAAUUUUCUACUCCAAGCCGCAGCGGUUGGAUGUGUACGUUAAUAACAUCCUGAUUGCUCCGACUAACGUUAAGUGGAACGCUGACCAAAGCGAUUACACCCUGAAGAAGCCCAUCCGUCCAGGUCAAUACACCCCUCAGCUGAAUGCCACUGUGGGCAACAACUACUUCGACCAGGACUACAAGAUGCUGAAGGUCGUGGUGAGAGGCUCCCAACCGGUGGAGAUCCGAACCUCCCCGGUUCUCUUCAUCUCCUUCGAGCUGCCCGCCAUGACCGAGGACGAGUUCUUUGGAGAGAGCCUGAUCCAGAACCUCGCUUUGUUCCUCAAAGUUCCCCCAAAUAUGAUCCGGAUCACCAAUAUCAUCCGGGAGGAUGGAAGCGCUCGGCGCAGGAAGAGAUCCACGGGCCUGAAGGUAGAGGUGGAGAUCAAGAAACCUCCCGUCCAGCAAGCCAGCAACACCACCAACGAUGACGAGGACUUCACGUUGUUGAAGAGCAUCGCCGAUGAUCUGGGUCGGGCAGCAGUUUCCGGAAACCUCAGUCAGUCCAUCGGUUUCAACGUCUCUUCCAUGGGCGUCAUUCCGCCUCCACCUCCUUCAUCUGACCCCGACUGGAAUGAGGAGGCCACAGGAGAGGUGACGAGGAAAGAGCCUACAGUGAGCUACGUGUCCAGCGUCAGCGACCUGCUGCUGAUGAAGGAGCCCAUAGCCGGGGUGUUUGUGGGUCCUCUGUUCCAGCAGCCCAGCCUCAUGGCUGUGGAUGAGCAGGGUAACUGUGUCUCUGUGGGAGUGACGACUCUCACUGUAACCGCCAGCCUGAAGGACUCCAGUGGGAACAGAGUCGGCGGGCUGGAAGGGAACACCACCAUCCUGUUCAGCACCUGCUGGGCAAACUUCACCGACCUGUCCAUCCUAGACAGCGGUGAGAACCUGACCAUGGUCUUCACUCUGAAGCAGUGGGGCGCAGAGUCACGCGCCUUCUCCGUCAAAAACACUCCGACCACCCAGGCCCCAUCGACCAGCAGCAACGUCACUGCCCCGUCCACGGACGAACCCACCACCGAUGAGAGCAUCUUCGGCUCCAGCACCGUGGUGACUGCCAACAGUUUGUGUCUGGUCAGCGUCAUCUACGCCGUGGCCUGCUGCUCCGACGGCAUCCCCAUAUGUUAGAGAGUUCUGUGAAGUUAAGAGGAUAGAAGUCUGAUGAAUAAAACAAAUCCUUGAAUAUAUUAUGCACAUGGCUGGUUUUUCUUUUUCUGUGGAUGGGGUUCAAAUCAUAUAUAUUAUAUAAUAUAAUAUUAUAUAUAAGUCAAAUGCAAAGCACCCUCCGCUCUGUAAAGAUGUUUUGUUGUAUUAUGUGUAAAUGUCUGUUUGAUAUGAUUACUCUCCAGAUGUUCUAUUUGGUGCUUAACUCUGUAACAAGAUGAAGGAAGACAUGAUGUACGCAUUCUGUUGAUGAUUGUUUUGAAACUAUAUUCUCUUUUCAAUAAAUUCUAUUUUUCAUUGAUAAACACA